AUGCCAUCAUACCUAUUUAAUUUUAAUGUAUUUUGGGACCACAUUGAUCCUUAUGGGUACCAAGAGGAUGACGUGCUGAGUUUGAUAGAGCAAUUCAUAUUCCUAGUUCACAUCAAAAACCCAAUCCUGGACGAAGAUGUAUUGAGGCGUAAGGCCUAUGGCGUUGUUGAAGAUGGGUUGGGCUGGGACGGGCCAUCAUGCCUCGUUCUUCUUGCUUGUGCACUUGGAAUCGUCGCCACACCCUUUGAAGGUGUGUCCAAGGAUAUUAUACUAAAUUCAGAAGACACCAGCACUUCAACCUCGCCUCCUCGCCAGCGUGUUCUGGAGGAAGCAGAAGCUUAUUUUAUGCUGGCCAGGAAACGAAUCGGAUUGUUGAGCCAGUCCAUGCUAGCCAUCCAGUAUCAUUUCCUAACUGGCAUCUUUUUGAUGUAUUGCUUUAAGCCACUGGAGGCCUUUCAGAAUUUCCAUCAGGCGUCCAUGACCUUUCAGAUCUAUUUUAGAUCUGUGACUGCUUCCAUCAGGUCCGCUUCUGACUCCCGAGCCGAGCAGCGGUUAUUCUGGAGUUGCUUCAAGUCUGAAUGCGAGAUUCUGUCCGAAAUCGAUCUGCCCCAAUCGGGGGUCGGCAUCCUUCGUCAUCUGCAUACUUUCCCGUCUCCACCAGACCUCAGCAGUGUUGGCUCCCCGUUAACUACCACUGACGAUAGUACAGCAUACAGGCCAGCACCAGCACCAGCGUCAGCAUCAUCGGCCGCCUCUCAAAGCAAUCGAGUACUUAGCUGCUACUACUUCGAAAAUCACGACGCAUGGAUGGAUCUCAACACCCCGUCCAAGAUCCAAGUUGCAACCGAGCUCCUGCGCCAGCUCGAUCAAUGGUACGAAUGCCUCCCACACCUCGUCCGAUACCAUGAAGACGGCCAAGAAACCCAAGCACAAAUUCCCCAGGAGGAGCUACCAUAUAUGCCCCGCGUACGGUGCCUGGAGAUCAGAGCCCUGGUCUGCCGCCCUUUUCUAUUUUACAUGGUCCACAGCGUACCGGCGGCGGAUGAUCACGCCCACGACCCCGACCCCGACCAGCGGUCAGUUUUACGGCUCUUCAUAUCCCAGGCACUUUAUUGCAGCAGGCAACUUAUUGAAUCGAUAUCGCUUCGGCAUCGCCAUCAUGGAACGUGGUAUACUCUGCGCUUGAGCACGAUCUGCGCCCUGUCCAUAUAUGCAGCGGCGAAGAGAAACUUGGCACCAGAUGGAUGGGAGACAUCUGUUCGGCUCACUAUAAACACCUUGCAGUACUGGGAGAACGAAGCCCCAAGGGAUAUCAGAAAGGCGCGAGAAAUUUUGCAGGACUUGCUUUCGGGAGUAAGCAAAGACUGAAAGCUAGAAAUACAUAAAGAUAAUACACACGCGCGAGAUUGAGUUUGCUUUGGAGAUAUAUAUAUAUGUAUACCUGGGUUGAGAUCUGCAUGCCCCCCUCUCAGACUGAAUUGUCGACCACUAGCAAUCUAGGGCGAAAUAUGGGGCGAACAAAAGGACAAACAAAAUACUUUGUUAGCAACACUAGAGAGAAUGGAUGCCUAUUAGACAUCCUGAAAACCAAGCAAAAUAGGUGCCUGUUGCAGUUAGAUUGAGAGAAAAC